AUGGGGAACCUGAUGGCGAACCUGAUGGCGAACCUGAUGGGGAACCUGAUUGGGAACCUGAAGAAGAACCUGAUGGGGAACCUGAUGGGGAACCUGAUGGGGAACCUGAUGGGGAACCUGAUGGGGAACCUGAUGGCGAACCUGAUGGGGGACCUAAAGGGGAACCUGAUGGGGAACCUUAUGCGGAAGCUGACGGGGAACCUUAUGGGGAACGUGAUGGGGAACGUGAUGGGGAAGCUGUUGGCGAACCUGAUGGCGAACCUAAUGGCGAACUUAAUGGCGAACCUGAUGGGGGACCUAAUGGGGAACCUGAUGGGGAACCUGAUGGGGAACCUGAUGGGGAACCUGAUGCGGAAGCUAAUGGGGAAUCUGAUGGGGUACCUGAUAGGGAACCUGAUGGGGAACCUGAUGGCGAGCCUGAUGGCGAACCUGAUGGGGAACCUGAUGCGAAAGCUAAUGGGGAAUCUAAUGGGGAACCUGAUGGGGAACCUGAUGGGGAACCUGAUGGUGAACCUGAUGGCGAACCCUAUGGCGAACCUGAUGGCGAACCUGAUGGGGGACCUGAUUGGGAACCUCAUGGAGAACUUGAUGGGGAAGCUGAUGGAAAAGCUGAUGGCUGAUGGGGAAGCUGUUGGGGAAGCUGAUGGGGAAGCUGAUGGGGAAGCAGAUGGGAAAGCUAAUGGCGAACCUGAUAGGGAACCUGAUGGGGAACCUGAUGGGGAACCUGAUGGGGAACCUGAUGGGGAACCUGAUGGCGAACCUGAUGGGGAACCUGAUGGCGAACCUGAUGGGGGACCUAAAGGGGAACCUUAUGGGGAACCUUAUGCGGAAGCUGAUGGGGAACCUUAUGGGGAACGUGAUGGGGAACGUGAUGGGGAAGCUGAUGGCGAACAUGAUGGCGAACCUGAUGGCGAACCUAAUGGCGAACAUGAUGGGGGACCUAAUGGGGAACCUGAUGGGGAAGCUGAUGGGGAACCUGAUGGGGAACCUGAUGCGGAAGCUAAUGGGGAAUCUGAUGGGGUACCUGAUUGGGAACCAGAUGGGGAACCUAAUGGCGAGCCUGAUGGCGAACCUGAUGGGGAACCUGAUGCGGAAGCUAAUGGGGAAUCUGAUGGGGAACCUGAUGGGGAACUUGAUGGGGAAGCUGAUGGGGAACCAGAUGGUGAACAUGAUGGCGAACCCUAUGGCGAACCUGAUGGCGAACCUGAUGGAGGACCCGAUUGGGAACCUGAUGGAGAACUUGACGGGGAAGCUGAUGGAAAAGCUGAUGGGUAUGCUGAUGGGGAAGCUGAUGGGGAACCUGAUGGCGAACUUGAUGGCGAACCUGAUGGGGAACCUGAUGGGGAACCUGAUGGGGAACUUGAUGGGGAACCUGAUGGGGAACCUGAUGGGGAAGCUGAUGCGGAAGCUGAUGGGGAACCUGAUGGGGAACCUGAUGGGGAACCUGAUGGCAAACCUGAUGGCGAACCUGAUGGCGAACAUGAUGGGGAACCAGAUGGGAAACCUGAUGGGGAACUUUUUGCGGAAGCUGAUGGGGAACAUGAUGGGGAACGUGAUGCGGAAGCUAAUGGGGAAGCUGAUGGGGAACCUGAUGGGGAAACUCAUGGGGCACCUGAUGGAGAAGCUCAUGGGGAACCUGAUGGCGAACUUGAUGGGGAACCUGAUGGGGAACCUGAAGGGGAACUUGAUGGGGAACCUGAUGGGGAACCUGAUGGGGAACCUGAUGGGGAACCUUAUGGCGAACCGGAUGGCGAACCUGAUGGCGAACCUGAUGGCGAACCUGAUGGGGGACCUGAUGGGGGACCUCAGGGGGAAACUGAUGGGGAAGCUGAUGGGGAAGCUGAUGGGGAAGCUGAUGGGGAAGCUGAUGGGGAAGUUGAUGGGGAACCUGAUGGCCAGCCUGAUGGCGAACAUGAUGGCGAACUUGAUGGGGAACCUGAUGGGGAACCUGAUGGAGUACCUGAUGGGGAACCUGAUGCGGAACCUGAUGUGGAACCUGAUGCGGAACCUGAUGCGGAACCUGAUUGGGAACCUUAUGGGGAACCUGAUGGGGAACUUGAUGGGGAACCUGAUGGGGAACCUGAUGGGGAACCUGAUGGCAAACCUUAUGGGGGACCUGAUGGGGAACCUGAUGGGGAACCUGAUGGGGAACCUGAUGGGGAACUUGAUGGGAACUUGAUGUGGAAUCUAAUGGGGAACCUGAUGGGGAACUUGAUGGGGAACCUGAUGGGGAACCUAAUGGGGAACCUUAUGGGGAACCUGAUGGGGAAACUGAUGGCGAACCUGAUUGCGAACCUGAUCGCGAACCGGAUGGCCAACUUGAUGGGGGACCUGAUGGGGAACCUGAUGGGGAAGCUGAUGGGGAAGCUGUUGGGGAAGCUGAUGGGGAAGCUGAUGGGGAAGCUGAUGGGGAAGCUGAUGGGGAAGCUGAUGGCGAACCUGAUGGGGAACCUGAUGGGGAACCUCAUGGGGAAACUGAUGGGGAACCUGAUGGGGAACCUAAUGGCGAACCUGAUGGGGAACGUGAUGGCGAACCUGAUGGGGGACCUGAAGGGGAACCUGAUGGGGGACCUUAUGCGGAACCUGAUGGGGAGCCUGAUGGAGAACCUGAUGGGGAACUUGAUGGGGAACCUGAUGCGGAAGCUGAUGGGGAACUUGAUGGGGAACCUGAUGGGGAACCUGAUGGGGAACCUGAUGGGGAACCUGAUGGGGAGCCUGAUGGGGAACCUGAUGGCGAACCUGAUGGCGAACCUGAUGGCGAACCUGAUGGCGAACCUAAUGGCGAACCUGAUGGGGGACCUGAUGGGGAACCUGAUGGGGAACCUGAUGGGGAACUUGAUGGGGAACUUGAUGCGGAAGCUGAUGGGGAUUCUGAUGGGGAACCUGAUGGGGAACCUGAUGGGGAACCUGAUGGGGAACCUGAUGGCGAACCUAAUGGGGAACCUGAUGGGGAACCUGAUGGGGAACCUGAUGGGGAACCUGAUGGGGAACCUGAUGGUGAACCUGAUGGCGAACCCUAUCGCGAAUCUGAUGGCGAACCUGAUGGGGGACGUGAUGGGGAACCUGAUGGAGAACUUGAUGGGGAAGCUGAUGGAGAAGCUGAUGGAUGGGGAACGUGAUGGGGAACCCGAUGGGGAACCUGAUGGGAAACGUGAUGGCGAACCUGAUGGCGAACCUGAUGGGGAACCUGAUGGGGAACCUGAUGGGGAACCUGAUGGGGAACCUGAUGGCGAACCUGAUGGCGAACCUGAUGGGGAACCUGAUGGGGAACCUGAUGGGGAACGUGAUGCUGAUGGGGAAGCUGAUGGGGAACCUAAUGGUGAACCUGAUGGCGAACCUGAUGGGGAACCUGAUGGGGAACCUGAUGGCGAACCUGAUGGCGAACCUGAUGGCGAACCUGAUGGCGAACCUGAUGGGGAAGCUAAUGGGAAAGCCGAUGGGGAACCUGAUGGGGAACGUGAUGGGGAACGUGAUGGCGAUCUUGAUGGCGAACCUGAUGGCGAACCUGAUGGGGAACUUGAUGGGGAACCUGAUGGGGAACCGGAUAUCGAACCUGAUGGCAAACCUGAUGGCGAACCUGAUGGGGGACGUGAUGGGGGACAUGAUGGGGAACCUAAUGGGGAACCUGAUGGGGAAGCUGAUGGGGAAGCUGAUGGAGAAGCUGAUGGGGAAGUUGAUGGGGAAGCUGAUGGCAUACCUGAUGGGGGACCUAAUGGGGGACCUGAUGGGGAACCUGAUGGCGAACUUGAUGGCGAACCUGAUGGGGAACCUGAUGGGGAACCUGAUGGGGAACCUGAUGGGGAACGUGAUGCGGAACCUGAUGGGGAACCUGAUGGGGAACCUGAUGGGGAACCUGAUGGGGAACCAGAUGGGGAAGCUGAUGGGGAAGCUGAUGGGGAACCUGAUGGGGAACCUGAUGGGGAAAUUGAUGGGGAACCUGAUGGCGAACUUAAUGGCGAACCUGAUGGGGAACCUGAUGGGGAACCUGAUUGGGAACCUGAUGCGGAACCUGAUGCGGAACCUGAUGCGGAACCUCAUGGGGAACCUGAUGGGGAACCUGAUGGCGAACCUGAUGGGGAACCUGAUGGUGAACCUGAUGGGGGACCUGAUGGGGAACCUGAUGGGGAACCUGAUGGGGAAGCUGAUGGGGAAGCUGAUGGGGAACCUGAUGGGGAACCUAAUGGGGAACCUGAUGGCGAACUUGAUGGCGAACCUGAUGGGAAACCUGAUGGGGAACGUGAUUGGGAACCUGAUGCGGAACCUGAUGCAGAACCUCAUGGGGAACCUGAUGGGGAACCUGAUGGCGAACCUGAUGGGGAACCUGAUGGUGAACCUGAUGGGGGACCUGAUGGGGAACCUGAUGGGGAACCUGAUGGGGAACCUGAUGCGGAACCUGAUGCGGAACGUGAUGGGGAACCUGAUGGGGAACGUGAUGGUGAACCUGAUGGGGGACCUGAUGGGGAACCUGAUGGGGAACCUGAUGGGAAAGCUGAUGGGGAAGCUGAUGCGGAAACUGAUGGGGAACUUGAUGGGGAACCUGAUGGGGAACCUGAUGGGGAACCUGAUGGGGAAGCUGAUGGGGAAGCUGAUGGGGAAGCUGAUGCGGAAGCUGAUGGGGAACCUGAUGGGGAACCUGAUGGGGAACCUGAUGGGGAACCUGAUGGGGAACCUGAUGGCGAACUUGAUGGCGAACCUGAUGGCGAACCUGAUGGCGAACCUGAUAGGGGACCUGAUGGGGGACCUCAUGGGGAACCUGACGGGGAAGCUGAUGGGGAAGCUGAUGGGGAAGCUGAUGGGGAAGCUGAUGGGGAAGUUGAUGGGGAACUUGAUGGCCAGCCUGAUGGCGAACAUGAUGGCGAACUUGAUGGGGAACCUGAUGGGGAACCUGAUGGAGUAGCUAAUGGGGAACCUGAUGCGGAACCUGAUGUGGAACCUGAUGCGGAACAUGAUGCGGAACCUGAUUGGGAACCUGAUGGAGAACCUGAUGGGGAACCUGAUGGGGAACCUGAUGGGGAACCUGAUGGCAAACCUGAUGGGGGACCUGAUGGGGAACCUGAUGGGGAACCUGAUGGGGAACCUGAUGGGAACCUGAUGCGGAAUCUAAUGGGGAACCUGAUGGGGAACUUGAUGGGGAACCUGAUGGGGAACCUGAUGGGGAACCUGAUGGGGAACGUGAUGGGGAAACUGAUGGCGAACCUGAUUGCGAACUUGAUGGCGAACCGGAUGGCGAACUUGAUGGGGGACCUAAUGGGGAACCUGAUGGGGAAGCUGAUGGGGAAGCUGUUGGGGAAGCUGAUGGGGAAGCUGAUGGGGAAGCUGAUGGGGAAGCUGAUGGGGAAGCUGAUGGCGAACCUGAUGGGGAAUCUGAUGGGGAACCUCAUGGGGAAACUGAUGGGGAACCUGAUGGGGAACCUAAUAGCGAACCUGAUGGGGAACCUGAUGGCGAACCUGAUGGGGGACCUGAAGGGGAACCUGAUGGGGAACGUUAUGCGGAACCUGAUGGGGAACCUGAUGGAGAACCUGAUGGGGAACUUGAUGCGGAAGCUGAUGGGGAACCUGAUGGGGAACCUGAUGGGGAACCUGAUGGGGAACCUGAUGGGGAACCUGAUGGGGAACCUGAUGGGGAACGUGAUGGGGAACCUGAUGGCGAACCUGAUGGCGAACCUGAUGGCGAACCUAAUGGCGAACCUGAUGGGGGACCUGAUGGGGAACUUGAUGGGGAACUUGAUGCGGAAGCUGAUGGGGAAUCUGAUGGGGAACCUGAUGGGGAACCUUAUGGGGAACCUGAUGGCGAACCUGAUGGGGAACCUGAUGGGGAACCUGAUGGGGAACCUGAUGGGGAACCUGAUGGGGAACCUGAUGGUGAACCUGAUGGCGAACCCUAUGGCGAACCUGAUGGCGAACCUGAUGGGGGACCUGAUGGGGAACCUGAUGGAGAACUUGAUGAUGAAGCUGAUGGAGAAGCUGAUGGGUUAG